AUGACUAGUAUCGUUAAUGGUACUACGGAUCCCACCACUACAAAAACUCAGCCUACUGGCACUACAACAACUGCCAGUGCAGCAGCAGCAACGACAACGACAACAACAGCAACAACAGCGACUAAUGGAGCAAGCGUUAGUGGUAGUAAGCAUGGAGGUUCUGGUAAACACCACACAUGCUCUGUGAUUGGAUGUUCCAAGCGAUUCAAGAGACUAGAGCAUUUAAAGCGGCAUAUUAAAACUCACACCUUGGAGAGACCCUUUAACUGUCCAUUUGCUACCUGCACGAAGCGGUUCUCACGUUCUGAUAAUCUUGCGCAACACGUCAAGACGCAUCAGCGACAAAUCAACAAGCUACAGAUGAAGCAUCGGAACCAAGUGCAGGCAACUCAAGUGCAAGCGCAUACACACAUACACACAUAG